GCAUGGCUUUGUGUUUACUAGCUUAUAUAAAUAACGUUAGCAUAUUUUAGCUAGCUAUAAGACGGAGGAGGUAGCGCUGCUAUAACCAAAACGAGCAUUCUCCCCGGAAGUGGGUGGUGCAUGCAAAUAGUUUUAUGCUAACGUUAGUUAGUUAGCUAUAUAGUAGCAGCAACAGCUGGUUGCUAGUUGAUUUUCUUGCCAAGCAAAUUGAAAACUGGCCAUUACGAUACUGGUAAUGGUUCGAUAUGACAAACCGCAACAUUCUGGUUAACAUUAGGUAGCUAGCUAGGGAACGUUAAACACAAAACGUUUUGAAGGGCUUAGUUUUGGUGUUUCCUGUGCCCUAUGAUCUAAAUCAGAUUUUCUGUCUGGAUAUAGGGGCUGAAGGAGGAUGGCGGUGUGGAUCCAGGCCCAGCAGUUGCAGGGGGAUGCGCUGCACCAGAUGCAGUCUCUCUACGGACAGCACUUCCCCAUAGAGGUGCGUCACUACCUGGCCCAGUGGAUCGAGGGGCAGCUCUGGGAUUCUGUGGAGCUGGAGAACCCCCAGGAUGAGCUGAAGGCCAAGCGUCUGCUGGACAGCCUGGUGCAGGAGCUGCAGAGGAAGGCCGAGCACCAAGUGGGGGAGGACGGCUUCCUGCUCAAGAUCAAACUGGGACACUACGCCAGCCAGCUCAAGAGCACGUAUGACCGCUGUCCUCUUGAGCUGGUGCGCUGCAUCAAGCACAUCCUUCACUCGGAGCAGAGGCUGGUGCAGGAGGCCAACAACGCCGUCGGGAGUGGCGGUGGGGGUGGGACCAUGGACAGCCUGUCCCAGAGGCACCAGCAGAUCAACCAGACGUUUGAGGAGCUGCGUGUGUCCACGCAGGAGACUGAGAACGAGCUGCGCAAGCUGCAGCACAACCAGGAGUAUUUCAUCAUCCAGUACCAGGAGAACCUGCGCAUCCAGGCCCAGUUGAGCAGUCUGUCAGCUGUGCCGGCAGAAGAGCGAACCCAGAGGGAGACCAGCCUGCAGGCCAAGAGAGCCACUGUGGAGGCUUGGCUCACCAGGGAGGCCAACACACUGCAGAAAUACAGACUGGACCUGGCGGAGAAGCACCAGAAGACUCUGGGCCAGCUGAGGAAGCAGCAGACGCUGAUCCUGGAUGAGGAGCUGAUCCAGUGGAAGAGACGUCAGCAGCUGGCCGGCAACGGGGGACCCACUGAGGGGGGACUGGAUGUCUUGCAGUCCUGGUGUGAAAAGCUAGCGGACCUGAUCUGGCAGAACCGGCAGCAGAUCCGGCGGGCCGAACACCUGACCCAGCAGCUACCUCUGCCUGGCCCAAUGGAGGAGCUGCUCACCAAGCUCAACUCUGACAUCACCGACAUCAUCUCCGCUCUCGUCACCAGUACGUUUAUCAUCGAGAAGCAGCCCCCCCAGGUGCUGAAGACCCAGACUAAGUUUGCGGCGACUGUGCGCCUACUGGUGGGCGGGAAGCUCAACGUGCACAUGAACCCCCCGCAGGUCAAGGCAGUCAUCGUCAGCGAGCAGCAGGCCAAGGCCCUUCUCAAGAAUGAGAGCACCCGCAAUGACAGCAGUGGAGAAAUUCUCAACAACAACUGUGUGAUGGAAUACCACCGGACCACAGGAACCCUGAGUGCUCACUUCAGGAACAUGUCCCUGAAGCGGAUCAAGCGGUCGGACCGUCGCGGGGCAGAGUCGGUCACAGAGGAGAAGUUCACUGUCAUGUUUGAGUCUCAGUUCAGCGUGGGGGGCAACGAGCUGGUCUUCCACGUCAAGACAUUAUCUCUCCCCGUCGUGGUGAUAGUUCACGGUAGUCAAGACAACAACGCCACGGCAACGGUCCUGUGGGACAACGCUUUUGCAGAGCCGGGCAGGGUGCCAUUCGUCGUUCCUGACAAGGUGCUGUGGCCCCAGCUGUGUGAAGCCCUAGACAUGAAAUACAAGGCAGAGAUGCACAGUGCCCGCGGCCUCUGCGACGACAACCUGGUCUUCCUGGCCCAGAAGGCAUUCAGCAGCGCCAGCAUAAACCAAGAAGACUACCGCAACAUGACCAUGUCCUGGGCCCAGUUCAACCGGGAGAGCUUGCCAGGGAGGAACUUCACUUUCUGGCAGUGGUUUGACGGAGUCAUGGAGCUCAUGAAGAAACACCUGAAGCCCCACUGGAAUGACGGGGCGAUAUUGGGCUUUGUGAAUAAACAGCAGGCCCAGGACAUGCUGAUGUCCAAGCCCAACGGGACCUUCCUGCUCCGCUUCAGUGACUCUGAGAUCGGGGGCAUCACCAUCGCCUGGGUGGCAGAGAACCCUAACAAAGCGGGGGAGAGGCUGGUGUGGAACCUCAUGCCGUACACCACCAAAGACUUUUCCAUCCACUCACUAGCCGACCGCAUCAGUGACCUCAACCACCUUAUGUUCCUCUAUCCCGACCGGCCCAAGGACGAGGUGUUCUCCAAGUACUACACCCCUCCCCUCUCAAAAGCAGUGGAUGGCUACGUCAAACCACAGAUCAAGCAGGUUGUGCCAGAAUUCACUACUCCCAACCCUGAGCCGUCCAGUGGGAACCCCACCUACAUGGACCAGGCACCCUCCCCGUCAGUGGCUCACCCCAUCAACUUUGCAAUUUUCCCUCCCAUCAGAAGUGACCCCAUGAUGGACGCAGAUGGAGAGUUUGACCUGGAAGACACCAUGGAUGUGGCCCGACACGUGGAGGAACUUCUGCGGCGGCCCAUGGCCAACCAGUGGGACGGCCAACAGUCCUGAACAAGGGUCAAGAGCAAGCACCCAGAAAACAUCCAAUGGUUUUGGUCCCAUUGCCUAUUUUUUUUUUUUGUCAAUUCUCAAAGGUAAAAUGUAAUAUUUGACAGUUCUUGGAUUAUUUUCUGAUCUUCUUGAUGUGGCAAUUGAUUAUUUGAAAGAAAUAACUAAUUGUACCUGAAGAAAAAGCACAGUUGAAAAGGUUUGUUUGGAAGUAAGUACUGAGAAAAAUGUAGAAAUGUGUGUUACUACAAUAUACAGCAAUAUUUUUACAAAAAUGUUUAGCUAUGCUGCUUAUGGCCAUCCUCCGAAAAUGUUUAAAGAGCAGGAAGGCCUGCACACUGUUUUUAUGCUCCCAAUUCACAGCUUUAUUGACAACGUUUCGAUCCGAACCAGUCAAACAAGGUCAGGUCAAACAAAUGGAGUGCUCACAUCCGAAAAUGUACACGUUUCACCUCACAUGACCAUGACACAUGGUGGGUGUGGAAACAAUUCAAUUAACUUUCUCACAGUUAAUCCGAGGUACAUGUGGUCCUAAAGGAUUAUAGUCAUACAAAUAGGGCUGAGUUAACCUAGGCAACUUUUUUUUUUUUUUAAGGCCAUAGAUAUAAUUAGUGUUCCUUUUCAAAAACCAACUUGUGUACCUCUAAUAAUUUAGAUAUCAAUGAGAUGGGCACGUGUAGUAGUCUUCGAAUAUAUAAUAUGUACAAAAUGACCAAGUGGAGACCUGGCCGUCAAGACAAAUCAACGUAACAUAUUUAUGUAAAAAAUAGUCUAUCAAAUUCUUUGUUCAUAGCUUUAGGAGACAUGGUGGACAAACGGGGAAUCCAAUGCGAUUCUCUUCUCAGUAAUAGAUUAACAGUACCCCACCCCCCAAGUAGCCUUAACAUGUUCAAUACCCGUUUAUCUCAGAGAGCUGUUGUGACGAGCCUCUGUGAAACGUGCAGCCACAGUUUCUCUGAUCAAGAGUCCUGAUAUUUCUCUUGUGUUCUAUGUUUUCACAGCUCGUUUCAUUUUUCCUUCAUGGCAUAGACCACAAAUGCACUUGAUCAGGUAUACCAUUUUUUGGUUUGUAUAACACGUGAUACACUUAAUCUUAAUGGCCUUGCCUGUGAUGGGUUGAUUGAAAGUUGUGCAUUUGUUCUUAGUCACACUGGGUACAUCGGCCACAUCUGUAAUUACUGUCCGGCACGUUAUCUAGGAGGGUGCUACGUGGCAUCGGUGGGAAGGGAUGGUUUGGGAGUGAAGCUAGGUCAUGUUUUUCUAACGGUCCCGUGCGUCAUACAGCCAAUCUUCUGGUAACGGUAACGGCAGGAAGCCUAGUGGUUAGAGCGUUGAGCCAGUUACCAAAAGGUUGCUAGAUUGAAUCUCCCCGCCGACAAGGUAAAAAUAUGUUGUUCUACCACUGAGAAAGGCAGUUAACCCACUGUUCCCCGAGUUCCGAAGACCUGGAUGUUGAUUUAAGUUUGAUUUUUAAAUGCGGGAGACGCAUUUCAGUUGAAGGCAUUCAGUUGUUCAACUGACUAGGUAUCCCCUUUCCCUGUUUGAAGCGUUCAUACAGACAGUGCACUUGAUUGUACUACAGAUCCUGCUUAUACAACUGUAUUGGGUGAUAGGGAGGCUCUUUUUCAGGGAAACGGUACUUUUACUCUUCAGGUUGGUAUCGUCAAAGAGAGGCGCUAUAGUCAAAGUACACCGCAAUUUCUUUAAAUGCUCAGUGCUCUAUUUGUUUCCAAAGGUUUGGAAUGUAACUAUUAAAUUAUUUGAAUCUUGCGUCUCUACACCGUUUAAAUUCAAAAUCAACAUAACAAAAUUGCCAUUCAGAAUGAAUUAUGUUUGAAGUAGAUUCCACCGUUGAGUAUUUGAAAUACGAUAGUACAGUAUUUUGACCCUUUGCCUCCUCAAAAUGGGGCCCUUGGUUUGAAACGCCAUGUGCUGUGUACAUUCUGCCUCACAUUACAUGCGUAAUAAUACAUGUACAGUAUCUUCUGCCUUUGAAUGUCAAGUUUAAUAGCCUUAAUUCAAACUCCUCUUGCUUCUUAUUACACUGAACUAGUUUCACUUAGUGUAUCAGUUUAUUUUUCGAAACAAAUUAACUGUUAACUAGUAACUUAACUAUUGAAUUGCUACUCAAAUUCAUCAGACUACAUUAUAAACUCAGCGAUAACCAAUGACCCACUCUCUUUUUGCUUGAUUUAAUUUAGUAUGAAUUAAAAACAAAACAUAAAAUUGACCUUUUGCCCAGAUCAUACCUUGUUGUUUAAGAUGUUAAUGUUAAGUGUUACCCAUUCACUGAAAAUAUAAAUUUUGAAUGGGCUGUGUGAUCAUGUAUUGAUAUUUCUUUUGACUGUAUGCAAUCAUGUUUUUUGUUAAAUAUAUUUGCAGGCACGCCACCCCUGUUCCUGACACUUAGCUACCCACUCUUUAUCUCAAGUACCACAUACAGCUACUACCUUAUUUGCCUAUUCAGAAGUACUUGCGCAGUAUCGUAGCUUCUCUCCUUCUCUUUCUGUGCCUUAAGACACUGACCACGAUUGUGAAGUGGCAACAUCAAUGUCCAGGCAAGAGAUUGUAUAACCACCUACCUUUAGUAUGCUCUCCCUUGCCUUUACAGCACUGCAUUCUGCAGGGCAUGGGCAUUGUUGUGGAGUGUAGAUUUAAAAAAAAAAAAUAUAUAUAUAUAUAUAUAUAUAUAUAUAUAUAUAUACACACACACACACACACACAGUGCCUUGCAAAAGUAGACAUCCCCCUUGGCGUUUUGCCUAUUUUGUUGCAUUACAACCUGUAUUUUAAAUUGAUAUUUAUUUGAAUUUCAUGUAAUGGACGUACACAAAAUAGUCUAAAUUGGUGAAGUGAAAUUUAAAAAAAAAUGUGUCAGAUAGAUAGAUAUAGAUAUAUAUAUGAUAGAUUUGCUAUGAAGCCCCUAAAUAAAAUCUGAUGCAACCAAUUACCUUCAGAAGUCACAAUUAAAGUCCACCUCUGUGCAAUCUAAGUGUCACGUGAUCUCGGUGUAUGUGUAUAUAUAUAUAUAUACACACACACACACACACACCUGUUCUGAAAGGCCCCAGAGUCUGCAACACCAUUAAGCAAGGGGCACCAGCAAGCAAGCGGCACCAUGAAAACCUCAAUCGAAACAGGUCAAGAACAAAGUUGUGAAGUACAGAUCAGGGUUCAGUUGUGAAAAAAAGAAAUAUAUAAAACUUUGAACAUCCCACGGAGCACCAUUUACCACCAGGCAAGGAGGGCAUUAAUCAGAGAGGCAACAAAGAGCACAAAGAUAACCCUGAAGGAGCUGCAAAGCUACACAACGGAGAUUGGAGUAUCUGUCCAUAGGACCACUUUAAGCCGUACACUCCACAGAGCUGUUCUUUACGGGAGAGUGGCCAGAAAAAUAAGCAAACAUGUUUGAUGUUCGCCAAAAGGCAUGUGGGAGACUCCCCAAACAUAUGGAAGAAGGUACUCUGGUCAGAUGAGACUAAAAUUGAGCUUUUUGGCGCAAACCCAACACCCGUCAUCACCCUGAGAACACCAUCCCCACAGUGAAGCAUGGUGGUUGCAGCAUCAUGCUGUGGGGAUGUUUUUCACCGGCAGGGACUGGGAAACUGGUCAUAAUUGAAGGAAUAAUGGAUGACGCUAAAUACAGGGAAAUUCUUGAGAGAAACCUGUUUGUCUUCCAGAGAUUUGAGACUGGGACAGAUCUCCACCUUCCAGCAGGACCCUGAGCAUACGCUAAAGCAACACUCAAGUUGUUUUAAGGGGAAACAUUUUAAAUGUCUUUGAAUGGCCUAGUCAAAGCCCAGACCUCAAUCCAAUUGGGAAUCUGUGGUAUGACUUAAAGAUUGCUGUACACCAGCGGAACCCAUCAAACUUGAAGGAGCUGGAGCAGUUUUGCCUAGAAAAUUGGGCAAAAAUCCCAGUGGCUAGAUGUGCCAAGCUUAUUGAGACAUACCAGAAGAGACUUCCAGCUGUAGUUGCUACAAAAGGUGGCUCUACAAAGUAUUGACUGGGGGGUGAAUAGUUGUCUUUUUUUUCUUAUUUCUUGCUUGUUUCACAAUAAAACAUAUUUUGCAUCUUCAAGGUGGUAGGCAUGUUGUGGAACUCAAAUGAUACAAACUGCCCAAAAAUAUUUUUUAAUUCCCGGGUCUAAGGCAAAAAAUAUGAAAAAUGCCCAGGGGGGUGAAUACUUUUGCAAACCACUAUGUUAUGAAGAACACCCAAGCCUCUGACAUGGUAGAAUUACGUAAUAAGGCCUGGGGGGGGGGGGGGGGGGGGUGUGUAUUGCCCAUAUACCACAGCUAAGUGCUAUUCUUGUGUACGCCGCAAUGCACAGUGCCUGGAUACAGCCCUUAGCCUUGGCAUAUUAGCCAUAUACCACAACCCCCUGAGGUGCCUUAUUGCUUUUAUAAACUGAUUGCCAAUGUGAAUAGAGAACUAAAAAUGUUAUUUCCAUACCCGUGGUAUACGGUCUAAUAUACCACGGCUGUCUAUCAGCAUUCAGGGCUCGAACCACCCAGGUUAUAAUAAUGAAUCACAUGAACUCUGACGUUUCUGUCAGUGACGUACCAGGUUUGCCUACUGAACGUAGCCCAGGUUUAACCCCUUAUUACCCUCCCCAUUGAUCAUAGUAGUGAAUUAUGUUGCUAGUCUCAGGAAAAGAUACUUUGUAGUGUUCAUCCCAGAGAAUUUGAGGUGACCACACCUUAGGAAGAGAUGAAAUAGUGCCUACCUGUCUAAAUUUACUGCAUGUAUUCAGAGCUAGCUAUUUUCUUGUGCUAUUUUACCACCAUAAUGCUAUAAAUUAAAGUUUACUAACAAAUGUCAAAUGGGUAGCGUGGAUAUGAGCUUUUUCACUCACAACACCAUUUGUUUUGUUGCUUUGCUUAAGUCUAUUUUCUCAGCAUUUUUGUUUUUUUUCUUGUUCAAGUCCAGACGUAUAUGGGAAAGUACUGUACAAAUUGUCCUUUUUAUUUGUAAUUCACCUGUAUUUCUUAACUGUGUGGGUUUUAGUCUUGAAUAUCUGGGUUGUAAUUACACAAAGCAGAACCAAGAAAUCAGAAAGCUAACUUUGAUUAACAGAGAAAUAACUUUUC